AUGGGUGAACGGAUAGCUACGGACUUACGUAUGACACUUUUCGAACGGCUUCUACAUCAAGAUAUGAGUUUCUAUGACUCGACGCUGACCGGUGAACUGAAUGCUCGUCUAAGUGCAGACGUACAAGAAUUUAAAAGUUCGCUGAAACUCACUCUUGCUCAAGGCCUUAAAACAUUUACACAGACAGGUGGCUGUAUGAUAUCGCUCUUUAUGAUAUCCCCGAAGAUGACCAUGAUCACAAUGACUUCAAUGCCACUCGUUAUCGUAAUCGGUACUGUGUUUGGAUCACUCCUGCGAAAACUUUCACGUCGUUCACAAGCACAAAAUGCAAUCGCAGCCGCUGUAGCGGAUGAAGCGUUUGCUAAUAUUCGAACAGUGCGUGCAUUCGCGAUGGAAAACCAAGAAAUUGCGUUCGUUUUUGACAUCUGA